UCCAUUGGGAUCUACCUGCUGGUUUUUAUUGCUGUCGUGCAUUACCCUUGUGGACAUCUUGAACUGGAAUGAACUUGUAAGGACAGUUAAGCAUGAGUGAAUUCUGGUUGUGCUUCAGCUGCUGUAUUACAGAACAGCCCCAGACGAAGAGACAGAGGCAUAUUGACCGGAGUAUGAUCGGUGAGCCGACAAACUUCGUCCACACCACUCACGUGGGAUCAGGGGACCUCUGCAAUGGCGUGAACUCUGUGAACUCCAUUCAGAGUCAAAUGCAGUCGAAGGGUGGGUAUGUGGGCGGAGACGUAUCUGGCAACUCCCAGAUGUGAGGAAUGGACACAAAAGCAGGAUGACCUGUACAGAGAAUGUGUGUGGUUAUUGGCUGAGCUAUUUCAGGAAGGAAUUCACUGACAUUUACCAGUGCAGAGUUUGGCACUGCAGAAAGAUGAAAUAAAAACAUGAGAGGUCUGUUUCAAAACUGGCCCCAGAUUGAGCCUACCUGCAAUGUGCUUUGUUCUUAAUUUUGUGUUAAUGACUUUGCAGUGUUACUUUUUGGUAUUCUUACGCAACAACAUAAGUUUGGUGAUUGCUGAAAUUAGUGAAAUUUCUUGUGUAAGAAUUUAAAAGCACUUGACAAAGAACAGAACACUUUCACAAAGGAAAUAAUCAAGUGCACGUCUGUUAGACUGAAUCUGGGCCAUCAUCUUUGUUUCAUCUGACUUAACUGUACUG